AUUAUAGAUUGCAUGUUUUCAACGUGAUACCAUAUGAGUCCAGCGUGAGGGAUUUUGGUGACUCCGCUCCUCCUCUCUCUAAUCAUACAUCUCGGACUCUCUGGGUUAUAUCUGUGGUACCAUGAUGGAGUGCAGCCCAUGCAGAUGGCUUAAAGAAAAGAGGGGUUCCAGAGAGGUGGUCCUUGUGGUGGUCUUUAUAGCUCUAUUGGUGGAUAAUAUGCUUUACACAGUGGUUGUUCCCAUUAUUCCAAGUUUCCUCUAUCGGAUCGAACAUAAAAAUGGAAAUACAACUGUGGGCAUGAUUGCAUCAUCUUCUGAUUCCAACGUUUCUUUUGCCUCAAUAUACUCCUUGCAUGAGAACACAACCAUCUUAAGUGACCAAGCAAAUUAUGAAGGGAUGAAUAAUAAGACAAAGGAGGCCCCCAAUAAUUCCAGCUGUGACAAGGAAACAAGUAUCCUGCACCAUGAGAAUAUCCAAGUUGGUCUUCUGAUUUCAACCAAAGCAAUAGUACAACUGAUAGUCAACCCCAUAGUAGGACUCAUUACCAACAGGGUUGGAUUUGAUAAACCACUAUUUGCUGGAUUUAUCAUCCUGUUCUUUUCUACUUUAAUUUUUACCUUCGCUGACUCAUAUUGGCUGAUGUUCUUAGCAAGAUCGGUGCAGGGAGCCGGAUCCUCAUUAUCCACUGUUGCAGGUUUGGGAAUGCUGGCCCAAAUAUACCCUGAUGACUAUGAAAGAGGGAAAGCCAUGGGCAUCGUACUAGGAGGCCUGGCGUUGGGUACGAACAUUGGCCCCCCCUUCGGUUCACUAAUGUACAAUUUUGUUGGGAAAGCUUCACCAUUCUUAGUGCUGGCUUUUCUCGCGCUGCUUGAUGGAGCUCUACAGCUCAGUAUGCUGCAAUUUGACAAGUUUGUUCCGGGGAGCAUUCCAGCGACAUCCUACUUGACACUUCUCAAGGACCCUUACAUUCUAGUGGCUGCAGGUUCUUUUUGCAUUGACUAUAUGACAUUUGGAGUUAUUGCACCUACCCUGCCCAUAUGGAUGUUGGAAACGAUGUGCUCGUCUGACUGGGAAUUAGGUUUUGUUUUCCUACCUGGUGGCAUUGUGUACCUCCUAUGUACCAACCUGUUUGGCACUCUGGCAUACAAGAUGGGGAGGUGGCUGUGUGCUUUUUUCGGGAUGUUAAUCACAGGAGUUCUUUUUAUAUUGGUUCCACUAGCUUCCAAUCUGUUUGGUCUUAUCUGUCUUAUAACUGCCAUUGGCAUUGCCGUUGGAAUGGUUGAUGCAUCCAUCAUGCCUAUCAUGGGACAACUGGUAGAUCUACGCCAUACAUCUGUGUACGGAGGGGUAUACGCCAUUACAGAUGCAGCUGUAUGCAUGGGAUAUGCAUUGGGACCUCUGUGUGGUGGCGCGAUUGCAGAAGCAAUUGGAUUCCCCUGGUUAAUGAUCAUCAGUGGAUCACUGUGCAUUAUCUACUGUCCUCUGUGUUUCUUGCUUAGAAACCCACCAGCCAAAGAAGAGAAAAUGGCCAUUGUAAGCCAAGAAUGUCCUAUGGAAACCAAGACCUACAUGGACCAAUGAAAACUCCCCCAGCUCUACCAUUCUCUUACCACAGUAGAAGAUAUCAGCACCCCGCCCCCCCC